AUGGGUUCCCAAGCAGAAUAUACCUUCAUCGACGCCAUCGCCGACCUUAAAGCCGGUCAGACUCUGGCUGAAACGACUCAAACUCUUCUGUCCCAACUGACACAAGAGGAACGCCUUUCCCUUCUCGAUGGAGAUGUCCAGUUCUGGACCGGUUUACGCUCGAUCCUAUGCGACCGCUACAACCGAACUCCAUACGUUCACGGGGCCGUCCCCCGGAAGCAGAUUCCUGGAAUCAAGUUCACCGAUGGACCCCGGGGGGUAGUCAUGGGCCAUUCGACGGCUUUCCCAGUUCCCAUGGCUCGGGGCGCCACUUGGGAUAUUGAGCUGGAACGCCGUGUGGGAGAUGCUAUCGGCCGCGAAGCCAAAGCCCAAGGUGCGAACUACUUCGCCGGGGUCUGUGUGAACCUCCCACGACAUCCCGCCUGGGGUCGCAUUCAGGAGACCUACGGGGAGGAUCCAGUUCUCCUAGGAGAAUUCGGAUUGGCGCUAACGCAGAGCGUGCAGAAACAUGUCAUGGCAUGUGUGAAGCACUAUGCGUUGAACUCCAUGGAGAACGCGCGGUUUAGGGUCGACGUGAGUGUGGAUGAGGCCGUCUUGCACGAGGUCUAUCUGCCACACUUCCGGCGUAUUGUGGAAGGGGGCGUGGCUGCCGUGAUGUCGUCGUAUAAUUCAGUUAAUGGUGAAUGGGCGGGGCAGAACCGACAUCUACUGACGGAUAUCUUACGGGAUCAGUGGGGAUUCGAUGGGCUGGUGAUGUCUGAUUUCGUGUUCGGCCUGCGCAACGCCGCAGCGUCCGUAAGGAACGGUCUAGAUAUUGAGGCCCCGUUCACACAGCAGAGAGCCAGAAAGCUGCCCCUUGCCUUGGAAUCUGGGGAGCUGGAGUGGCAAGACGUCGACCAAGCGUGCGAGAGGAUCAUUCGGAAGCAGAUUGAGUUUACGGUGCGCACGGAGGAUAGCCAGCCGAGUCCUGACGUGGUGUUCUGCGACGAGCAUCGCGAACUAGCGCGUGAGGUGGCUGCUCGGUCUAUGGUCCUCCUUAAGAAUGACACUGUGGAGGGCAGGACCAUUCUACCGCUGCAAGCCGAAUCUUUGUCUCGUGUUGCCGUCGUUGGUCGCUUAGGGAAUAUUGCCAACACAGGAGACAAGGGAUCGUCCCAAGUAUUCCCGCCCAGUGUGGUCACACCGGUCGAAGGAAUCCGAGCGGCACUACCCGGUGUAGAAGUCCUUUUUGCGGAGUCAAUCAACGAAGCUGAGCAGCUGGCCUCCCAAGUUGAUGUCGUGAUCUGUGUUGUGGGCUAUACCCAUGAAGAUGAAGGCGAAUAUGUUGUACCAGCCCUGCAGGACAAUCCAGCCCUGCGCGACACGCUUCCACCAACCACUACGGCAGAGGAGCGCGAGACUCUCGAUAUUUUCGAGGGUAAUUCCGAUAAAGGAGGCAAUAGCGGUAUUGAGGCUGGCGCUGGCGGUGAUCGGACCUCACUAAGACUGCGCGAUCAGGACGAGAGGCUGAUAUCAACUGUGACGGCCCACAACCCGCGCACUAUUGUGUCUAUCAUUACUGCGGGCGCUGUGAUUAUGGAGUCAUGGAAGGAGAAAGUGCCCGCGCUCUUGAUUAGCUGGUACAGCGGUAGUGAAGGUGGCCAUGGUCUUGGCGACGUGCUUCUGGGAAGGGUCGAUGCGAGUGGCAGGCUCCCGUUCUCCAUUCCGACCAGCGAGGCGCAUCUGCCUUUCUUCGAUCGAGAGGCAGCUGAGAUAUACUAUAACCGGUGGUUUGGACAGCAUAUGCUCGAUAAGAUGGGGGUCGAGGCCGCUUUUCCACUCGGAUUCGGCCUGUCGUACACAACAUUCGAGGUAGACAAUAUAGUUGCGGAGAGAGUCGAUACCGAGUCAAUUCAAGUCACGGUCCAUGUUCGAAACACUGGAAGCAGGCCUGGACGGUUUAUCGCACAGGUAUAUGCCGUGACGAGCAUUCCAGAUUUCCCGACUCGCGUGCUCCUUGGUUUCGCUCCCGUGGAUCUGGCGGUGGGGCAGCAGACUGACAUGAAGUUCUUAGCUUCUACCAGGCCGCUACAGCAAUGGAAAGCGGGCAAGUUUACGCGCCGGGCAGACGAAAUCCACCUCGAAGUGGCGUCAUUCGCUGGCGAUACGGCUUCUACGACCGGCGCCGAAUGUGUCUUUGAUCCCACGGCCUUGUCUACCUUUGACCCAGCUAGUCUCGCAAUUCUCCAACGUUUAGACACGCUUGAACACAAGAUUGACUCGUUCCAACAACAACCAAUCUCAACCCCAGUACAUCUUCCCAGACUCAGCCCCAAUAAUAACUCCAGAACCGUCGACACGGUCAGAAAAACGCCCGAGCAUGCGGGUAGCUUGCUUCCGGAGAAUCUUGAUGCUGUCCUAAAAUGGCCGAUCUUGCAGGAUGAGGAUCAGGAAAUCACCGAAAGCCCUCAUCUUCCCAACCCAGCAAGCCAUCAUGCCUCACCCCCUCAAUCCUCCCUGGACGGUGAUGAACUCAAUCCCAGUCUCAGUAAUGCAUACCUAGAUAACUUCUUUUCCCACGUUCAUCCGAAGAAUCCCGUGCUCGACGAGCCGUACAUUCGUCGCCUUGUCCGGAAGGUCUCCCUGGAAGGCCCGGGCUGGGACUCCGAUUCUUGCCUUGCGCUACUCGUCUGUGCCAACGGGGCGAUCACUGGCCCUUUGAUGGCGCAAUCUGUAUCCGCCGAGGAGCUGCGUGCGUCCCCUGGUUGUAGGCUCUUUGCAGCGGCACUGAAGCGCAUUGGAACGACUCUGGACUCUGCAGGCGUUGCCCAAGCCCAAUGUUUAUUUUUUGCCGGUGUAUAUCUGAUGUCCUGCCUCCGACCAUUCGACGCAUGGCGCUCAUUCUUACAAGCACUGGCCGUAUGCCAGAGUUUCACGUUCAUGGGCGAAGCCACCCAGACGGGUACACCAGCCGAAGAGAGCAUCUACUGGUCAUCAUGGAAGUCUGAACGAGAGCUCCGCUGGGAAUUAGGCCUCCCUGACUUCGGGACUCGAAUUUCAUUGGAGCCGCCCCAGCGCUUUCCCACUCUACCCCUUACAGAUGACGAGGAGAUCCUCCGCGCGUGGUACUUCUAUCUGUCCGAGAUCUCUCUCUGGCGGCUCGAGACGGAAAUAAGGAAAGACAUGAUCGCCCGUCUCUCUGAACCAUCCAGUAAUACUCUCAACGAUCUGGCAGACAUCAGCGAGAUCUAUAAGCAACAGCUGGUGGCCUGUCUUCACUCCUUACCAUCCACCGUUAGCAUCUCCGACCCCCCUUGUCAAGGUUCCGAAACCGAUGUUCUUCGAUUCAUUCUCCAGGGCCGAUCAACAUAUGUCAAUGAACUAAUCACCUGGCCAUACAUCGUGUGCGCUGUCAGUGAUAUACCGUUAGGGCAAGCAGCGCAGGGCUGGGUCGCAAGGGGCCUCCAGGCCCAUUUGAAGAGACUGGAAGUCAAUCGGGCCGGGUUUUAUCACCGGCACCAUGGAACCUGGUUAAUGAUACGCACGUCCACCAGAAGCGCGUGUAUUCUGCUCGCCGUCGCAAGGUCUAGUCUUGAUGAUCUCCUUCCUGUUGGUUGGAAGGAGGCGGUGGAGGCCACGGUUAAGAUGCUUGAUUUUUGGCAGGCGGACGUUGAGGGUGUGGCUGCAUUGGCUCGCUUUUUGCGGAGUCUGUUGUCUCAUGCUAGUUAA